AUGUAUGGGCUUCUGUGUGAAAGCCUUCAUGACUUCAUCAAAGAGUCAUACGGAGAUGAUGUGUGGAAGCUGGUCAGAGAGCGAGCUGAUGUGAGAUUGCACUCUUUUGUCACCCAUCAGGUUUACAGUGAAAGUGUGAUUCCCCGCAUUGCAAAGGCAGCCAGCGGAGUGACAGGUACACCUUACAAUGAGCUGAUGAAUUCCUGGGGGGUGUACUUCCUGGGGUUUGUAGGGAAGUACGGCUAUGACAGGAUCCUGAAGGUGUUGGGUCGUCACGUGCGUGACUUUGUCAACGGCCUGGACAACCUGCACGAGUACCUUCGCUUCAGCUAUCCCAAAGUCCAGCCGCCAACCUUCUUCUGCCAGGAGGAGUCUGCAACGGGAGUCACUCUCCACUACAGGAGUAAGCGUAAGGGUUACCUGCACUAUGCCAUGGGUCAACUGAGGCAGAUGGGGAAGCAGUUCUAUGACACGGACAUCCAUGUAGAGGUGCUGUCUGAGCAGCUGGUGGGAGACUACUCCCAUGUCACGAUGAGGCUGAACUUCGACAACUCAGCCUACCGCUACAUCAUGAAGGAAGAUGAGGAAGAGCAAGAGAUUCUGCCCAUCACCUCAGACUUCUUCUUUGAAGUGUUCCCCUUCAACAUUGUUUUCAGACAGGACAUGGUGGUGCAUAAUGUAGGUUCGGGGCUGGCUACGGUCUUCCCUGACCUGGAUGGAAAGAAAAUCAAUGAUGCCUUCUUGUUGGCUCGCCCCCUAGUGGAGUUCACCUGGAACAUGAUAAUCUCCCACCCCAACAACCUGUUUGAGAUCAUGUCCAAGGAGCCUGUGAAGAGAGAGAGGAACCUCCACAACCGAGUCCAGAAUUCUGACUAUGAGAACCCCAACCGCUCUGCUGAUGUAGAUGUGGAGCUCAUGGCCUUCCAGUCCAUCAUUGGAGAUGAUUACAAAGAUGGAAAUAGCGCAAAUGCCAUGGAGAGCUGGGGUGAUGGCAGCCGCUGUUUGAAACUAAAGGGACAAAUGAGAUACAUGCCUGAGUGGGAGUCCAUCAUCUUCCUUGGAACUCCUGUGAUGGAAAGCUUGAGUGCCAUGUUUAAGACAGGCCUGUACAUCAAUGACCUGAGCAUGCAUGACUCCAGCAGAGACCUGGUGCUGGCAGGCACACAGCAGUCAGAGGAGCUUAAGAGAGCGCUCUUACAGGAGCAGAAAAAGUCCAGCAAGUUGGAGGAGAGCAUGAAGAUGUUGGACUAUGAGAUGAAGAAGACUGAUGACCUCCUUUACAGAAUGAUACCAAAGCCAGUGGCCAAAAGGCUGCGCAAAGGAGAGCCUGCCGUCAAUACCUGUGAGGUAUUUCCUGAUGUGACGAUUCUCUUCAGCGAUGUUGUGGGUUUCACCCGCAUUUGCAGUCACAUCACUCCCAUGCAGGUGGUGUCCAUGCUCAACACCAUGUACACUCUCUUUGACACGCUCAGUGAGAAGCACCGUGUCUUCAAGGUUGAGACCAUUGGAGAUGCCUACAUGGUAGUUGCAGGAGCACCAGAGAAGACCAAGUACCAUGCCCAUAACAUCUGUGACAUGGCUCUGGACAUGGUGCGCUCCAUAGACCAUCUCAAAGACCCCUCCAAUGGCAACAACAUACAGAUUCGCGUUGGGAUCCACUCUGGGAUGGUGGUGGCUGGCGUGGUAGGCCAUAAGAUGCCACGUUACGGUCUCCAUGGUGACACAGUCCACACUGCAUCUGCCAUGGAGAGCAAUGGCAAGGAGAUGCACAUCCAGCUCAGCAGUGCCACAUAUGAGCACCUGAAAGGAAGUCACUUUAUAUUCGAAAGGAGGGGGACCAUCACGAUAAAGGGAAAUGUAGAAAUUGAAACCUACUGGCUGAAGGGGAAGAGGGACAAGGAUGGGAACGCCCAAGCAGCAUGUCCUCAGUUUGAGACCCAGACAAUCAGUAAGGCCAUCAGCAAGGCUACCAUCUCAGCCCCGGAGGCCGCUGGAGAUGAGGAGGGACUGAUCUUCCCACUUGUAGCAGGAGAGGACGAGGAUGAUGUCAAGUCCAUCCGCUUCCAUCGUCUCAAGAUGGAGAUCUCAGGCCAUUCUCUGGAGGAGUCGAUAGAGGAAUGCAGAGUGGAGGAGAUGUCUGUUCACAAGUCCCACUUUAAGGAUGCUUUGCAAGAUGGUCUCCAGGAUCCCCACCUGGCGCUGGACUCCCCAGAAUUUGACGGUAGAGACUCCAUCAUGGAGUCCCCAGAUGGCUCCCACUGCUCUGAGAAAAGUGUCAUGUGCUCUGUGUCAUGA